AUGAUGGACGUUCGGAACGAGAACAACCAUGUUUUCAACAUCAAAUUGGCCAAACUUACAGGUUUGUAUCACAUUUUGGACCCUGGAACCGCAACAUUUCGGGGUCGAAACGUUUAUCACAUUAUCACGGCAUGUAUUUUGCUGUACAUGUGUGUCGUCUCGAUAAUUUUGAACCUUAGUGGUCUGUACUAUUGGACGCUCAAUAUACCUAUAAGCAUAGAUUAUUUUUGGAAAUCGGAAACCACGUUGUACGUAAUCUACAAGAUUUGGAUCGUCAUCCGUCACUCGAACGACAUAUGGAAUUUUUUGUCGAUCACGUGGCAUAGACAUGCCGUUACAUUGUUCAGCAUCCGGCAAAGACAUAUACUGAACCGUUGGCGAGAACGUUCGGUGCGGUUUACGACCAUGUUUGCCAUCAUGUAUUACUCGUCGCUGGUCUUUUACUUGGGCAGUACCCUGGUAUUCCGUAAAGAUAUAUUACCGGUCAAAAAUCGCGACGGUUCAGUAGCAUUCUACCGCCAGAAUGUCAUGCAUUUUUAUUUAAUUGCGUCUGACGAAACGUACAACGAGUACUAUUAUAUGUUUUACUUCGCCGAGGCAUUUUACAUCGCCUUCUUGACGAUAUCAUUCCUUAUAUUUGAUAUUCUUCUGGUUACACUAUGCUUUGGUAUGUGCUGCCAGAUGCAAAUGACUUGCUCUGAUUUCGAAUCGGUCGGACACAGACCACUUCGCGACCAUAAUUCUCCAAUUGAUUACAAAGAUGAAAAUAAAAAGAUACCUAAUGAACACGAUGUAGUAUAUGAUGAAUUAAAGACAAUUAUAAUGGAUCAUCAAGCAGUUAUGGAGAAAUAUGAAGAUUUUUUAUCUCUAUUUAGACGAGUGAUGUUGUUACAAAUUUUUGUGUCUUCAUUCUCGGUCAUCACUCUUUGGUUUACUUUCAUAAUGAGUUUCUCCGACGAUGAGAGAUUUAAGGCAUCGGAAGUUGUAUUAAAAAAAAUGUUUUGCUCAAUUCCUCCAUUAUUGUUUCAAAUAUUUAUGGUGUGUUAUUUAUUUGGCAAUUUACACAAUCAAAAAGAUUCAAUAAUAUUCGCAUUGUACAGCAGUAAUUGGACGGAAAUGGAUAUGAAAUGUAAAAAGUUGAUAUUAUUAACAAUGCAAUUGAAUAAUGCUAACCACCAAAAGUUAAAAUUUACAAGAACAAAAAUUGUAAACUUGGAAAUGUUUUUUAAAACAAUGGGUGAUUGCUACACAAUUAUUUCGGUUUUAGUAAAUUAUAUCCAAAGAAGUGGUGAAUAAAUGUUGUUCAUAGUUAUUUUAAAUGGAG